AUAAUACGAUAGAAUAGAGAGAGAGAAACAGAGAAAAAGAAAGAGAGAGAGAAAGGGUGGGAGGAAGAGAGAAAGAGAAAGAGAGAGAGAGAGACGAAGGAGACCUCAUUGAUAAGGAUCAAAAUAUACGGUACAUCGCAUAUAUUUUAUUCUACGUUCACCUUAUUUAUAUCGAUUUUUUCACGUUUGUUUUCGGUAUAUUACGUGUCUAAGGGAGAAGAGAAGGGAAAAGAGAUCGAAAUAAUAGUUCUUGCGACGUGCGCCGUACGACGUAGUUAUCGCGUCGUAGGCGUAGUAGAGAAAGAGGCGUAUGCAUGUAAGAAGGUGAAAGGUCGUGAUGCUGUUCACGAAGAAUUCUUGGCAAGGUUUAAAAGGGUUCAAAUCUCGCUCGAUUUAGUUCGAAAGAUCUCGUAUUUGAUUUUUCCUCUUUUUUCCUUUCUCCUUGUCAGUUUCUCUCUCUCUUUCUAUCUCUCUCUCUCUCUCUAUCUCUCUUUCUCUCUCUAUCUAUCUCUCUUUCUAUCUUGUAUACUUGUUCUCUCUUUCUCUAUCUUUCUCUCUGCUCCUUUCUAAACCGAUUCUCUACGUUCGUUCAGCCAAAGCGCGUACGACGCUGGAUAUUUCGAUGUCUCCGAGAGACGACCAGUCACGUUUUCUUUUUCCAAUACUUUUCAACGAAGUCUCCUCGUCAUAUCGGAUACGUUCGAAUACAGGCGCCUAUCAUUUAACAUUCCAUUGGUAUCGUCGAUUUAACGCCGCGAGGGUAACCAACAUGGCAGCGGAAUCAAAAAUUGCUCUACCAUCGUACGGUGGAUAAUGAGGGCCUUACAAGCGAGAGAUUAGCUAGAUCUCGAGACCUGACAUUUCAAAUAAAGGACAACUACGAUGCUUGGAUAACAACGUUGUCUCGAUGCGAAUGAGAGAAAGUGAAAUAAUGUGCUCUAAAUAACGAAAUAAAGGGUUAAACUGGCAGAGAGAGAGAGAGAGAGAGAGAAAGUAAGAGAGAGAGAGAGAGAGAGAGAGAGAGAGAGAGAGAGAGAUAGACUUGGCAACGUAACAACUGAUCAGCCGCCCCUUCAGUCAAAGUUUGAAUCUUUCAACGGUCACGCAAGUUCGUCCAAGUGCCAUUUACGCUUUGGUAGACGAUAAAUUCUCUCCUUCACGAUGGAUGUUAACGACGAAGUUUUGGUUUGCGCGGCCGAAAUUAUAAAAGAUCGAUUGUACUUUGCAACAUUAAAAACAAUGGUAAAACCAAAAAGUACACCCAAUACUCAUUACUUCAGCAUUGACGAUGAGUUAGUAUAUGAGAAUUUUUAUGCAGACUUUGGUCCAUUAAAUCUAGCUAUGUUGUAUCAAUAUUGUCAAAAAGUUAAUAAGAAACUUAAGGCAGUAACGCUGAGUAAAAAGAAAAUUGUACAUUAUACUACGAUGUACCCAGAAAAAAGAGUGAAUGCUGCCUUUCUUAUAGGAAGCUAUGCUAUACUGUACUGCAAACGUACAGUGCAAGAAGCUUACGAGUGUUUGACCAAUAGUCCAAACAGUCCACCAUUCAUGAUGUUCCGUGAUGCCUCCGUUGGAUCACCAUGUUACAAAAUAUCAUUGUAUGAAUGUCUUAGUGCUAUAGAUAAGUGCCAUCGUCUUGGUUUUUUUAACUUCCAAAAUUUUCGAGUUAAAGAAUACGAACAUUUCGAAAAAGUUGAGAAUGGAGAUUUAAAUUGGAUAGUACCUGGAAAAUUCAUUGCUUUCUGUGGCCCACAUGCAAAAUCUAAAAUUGAGAAUGGAUAUCCAUUGCAUGCACCAGAAUCAUAUUUUAAUUAUUUUCGUCGUAAUAAUGUCUCUACGGUUAUACGACUUAACACAAAAAUCUAUGAUGCUUCGAGUUUCAUAGAAGCAGGUUUUGAACACAAAGAUCUUUUCUUUGUUGAUGGUUCAACGCCAACAGACUCGAUUAUGCGUCAAUUUCUUAAAAUAUCAGAAAAUGCAAGCGGUGCUGUAGCUGUACAUUGCAAGGCAGGUCUCGGCAGAACUGGUUCUCUUAUAGGAUGUUAUAUUAUGAAACAUUAUCAUUUAACUGCUCACGAAACAAUUGCAUGGAUCAGAAUAUGUAGACCAGGUUCUGUCAUUGGACAUCAACAGCAAUGGCUAGAAAAAAAAGAGGCGUUUCUUCACUCAUUGCUGAAAGAACCACUACAUUCUGAGAAUAGAAAUCCAGUACAUAAAUAUGGUAUAUAUUCAAUAAUGGGAAGACCUAAAAACGCAUUCCUAUUAAAUCUAAACAAUGCUCGUGUGGUACAAGAUAAUGUUUCUGGCAUAAUGCACCGGGUGGAUGGAAUUAAAUUAGAUGAUUCUACCCCUGUUGCAAGUCUUAAAACAACAAAUAGAGACUCGCCCUCGACUUUAACGCAAGGUGAUAAAUUAAAUCAAAUUAAAGCUAGAAGAAGAAGACUACGUGUAAAUCAGUCUUCUCUUGGCACCCCUACCGGAUCAUCAACAGUUGUUCAUCCAUAUUUAGGACCAUUACUGCAAACUAGAAAUAAAAAAGGAACAGCUAUUGCUACAUUAGCUGGAAAUAAGGAAAAAGGUCCUUUAAAGAGAUUACUCGCGAGGUCUACAGCAACAACAGUUGUUAAAAGAAAUUGUAGAAACAGUUGGCUGGUCAACAAUAGCUGCGAUCCACCUACCCGCCGUGUUAGAUCUAAACCAACAACACAGAUCCAUAAUAUCAACAACAAUACAACUACUACUACUCCUGUUACAUCUAUAUCUAUAUCAAAACCGGUGAGAAAGGCGAGUAUGAGAACUUCAUGCAUCUCAGAGGUCCAUGCUACGAACUCGUCUACAAAUCAUUCGGUUGCACAACCACAACCAGGCAUGAAUAUGAUUCUUAGGUCAGCAGACCGAGUUACCCGCUAUCAUUCUCUCAGGCAAUUUGCCCAGGCCUGAAGAGUAUGGUAAACUACAUUUAGCGCUUAAGCAUGAAGUAGUAGCGGAGGUGGCUAACAAACCGAUCCCAUCUAUUUCUAUGACUUGCAGUGCGCGCACGACAAAAAGUUGUAAAACUGCAUUUAUCAGAUGACUAACCGAUAUUCUCAGUGGCGUGGGGGAGGAGAGUCCAGUAACCCGAGCGUCUCACCAGCGCCGAAGAUCUCAUCGCUUAAACCCCAUCAUUCAAUAAAUGCACUUCAAAGAUCUUCGAUCUCUUCAAAUUUAAACAAGUGCAGGUUAGACUUUUAUUAUCAAGUGAGAUUUAAAAAUAUUGGCAGCCAUUUUAACACUGCAUUUUUAAAAAAUAUCACAUUUCUCGCUACAUUAAUAUCUUGAAAAUAUAAAAGUUUUUAAAUACCUAGCAACCAAGCGGGAGUAACUUAUUACAUUUACUAUGAAUACUUAUGCAAUUUUAUUUUAAUGGUUCUUCCAUUUUGCGACACGUUGAACGCUCGCAUGGAAAAAAGAAAAAGAAAAAAGAAAAAAAAAGAAAAAAAAAAAAAGAAAAGAAAAAGAAGAAAAAAAUAUUGUCAUUUGUAUUGUUAUUGUCUCGUUUCUUAAUCCUCUGCUGGUCAGACAAAAAUAUGACAAAUAUAUUUUCGAAGAUCACAUCAAUUUCAAUUAAUUUUCCAAUUGGAUGAUUCUAUUAUUUCUUUUAUCACAUUUUAAUAUUCAAAUUUCAUUUUAUCUAUUUUUCAACAUACAACGGAAUUCAAGAAUUUCAUUACCGAGUUCUAUCAUCAAAUAAUACAUGAUACAUAAAUACAAUGAGAAACUAUUCAGACUCUAUAAAUGUUAAAAUGACAAUUUGCCUAUUGUUAAAAAACAAAAGUUUUGUAUUAACAUUAUAUCACAUCUUUCACAUAACCAUUCUGUAAAUAUUAAUUAAAACGACUAAGUUUUUAGAUAGGUUCAAUCCUUUUAAGCAUUUCUUAAAUGUUUCAUUGCUUUGAGCUCGGUAAAAGGCAUUGGGGGACAGAAAUUUGCAAUUCUGCAGUGCACAUAUAGUACUAGUUUAUGUGUUAUUAACAAAGUAUAAUUGUCUCUCUCUCUCUCUCUCUAUAUAUAUAUAUAUAUAUAUAUAUAUAUAUAUAUA